GAUUAGGGAUUUAGGAUUACCAACAUGAAGAAAUUAGUAACAUUUCAAGUGCUUCUCUUUUUGAUUUACUUUACAACACUUUUAUGCUAUGUCUAUGCAUUUGAUCAUCACCAUCUUUCAUUCACCACUCCUCAAUCCAAGCCAUUAAAACAUGUUAAAUAUGUACUAGAUGAUGAGGGAUUGCAUGAAGUUGAUGUAAAGAGUUUGCAUAUUAAGCAUGGAAAAGGAUCAUAUGGUGGUGGAGAUCUCCUUCAUGCACGUUCCGGCCACCGGAAUGGAGCAAUGAAAUCCUCUUCCUUCAUCACAACAUUAGUUCUUCAAUAUGUUAUGGCAGGGUUGGGCAUUAUUGUUCUCUUCUUUUGAAUGUUCUUUUUGAUGUCAAGACAUCAAGUGGGGGCUUCAAUUGAAUUUCUAUGUAUUUUCACACAUGAUGAUUAAUAUUAAUCACUUUAAAAUCACCUCUUGAUUUUAGGAUGUAACCAGGUCGAUGUCCGUGUAUUGUGCGUAAAAUAAAUCAACGAUGCUUUUUCACUUUGGAGGGGUUAUGAAAGACGUAUACAUAUGAGAUAAUCCAAAAAAAGGGAAAAUUGUCCGUCAUCAAAUCAAGCUUUGGAAGGUGCACAUGCACGUCCGACAGUUAAGUUAGGAGAGACUUGGGCAAUAACCGAAGUUCCUAAGAAAAAAUUGCGUGAUGUUUUAUUAGAGUAAAAUAAACAGCACGAAUUAAAUCAGUUUAAAGAAAAAAAAAGCUAAGUUUAUUCAAUUCUUUGUAUUUAUAUUUUUUUAUAUUUGUAAACACAUUUACUAAUUUUGAUUAUAAUUUCUUUUCAAGCA